AUUUAUCCAAUAGCUAUUAUAAUGGAGAAGGAACAGAAAAGAAUUUAGAAAAAGCCUUUUAUUGGUAUUAAAAAGCAGCAGAAAAUGGUGAUGAAGUAGCAAUGAAUAAUUUAGCCAAUAGUUAUUAUCAUGGAGAAGGAACAGAAAAUAAUUAUAAAAAAGCCUUUCAUUGGUAUCAAAAAGCAGCAGAAAAUGGUAAUGAAGUAGCAAUGUUUAAUUUAGCAAAUAGUUAUUAUUAUGGAGAAGGUACAGGAAAUAGUUAUGAAAAAGCUUUUUAUUGUUUAGCUAUAUGUUAUUAUCAUGGAGAAGGAACAGAAAAGAAUUAUGAAAAAGCCCUUUAUUGGUAUCAAAAAGCAGCAGAAAAUGGUGAUGAAAAAGCAAUGUAUAAUUUAACCAUAUGCUAUAAAAAUGGAAAAGGAACAGAAAAGGAUUUAGAAAAAGCCUUUUGUUGGUAUCAAAACGCAGCAGAAAAUGGUAAUGAAGUA